UAUCUAUCUAUCUAUCUAUCUAUCGCAUGUCUACUUCCGCUUUCGGACCGACCAUUAAUGUGAAAGGUGUUACCCGGAAGUGGUUCGCGUUAGCUUGGAGCUAACUAGCGCUGGUGUCUACCUUGGAGCAGUUACUGCGGAGAGGAAGCGUUCAGCAUCCACCUCUAACGAUGGAGACGGCAGCGGUCUGUGAGCUUGACCUGGAGGACAGGAGAAUAGUGAGCGGCAGUGACUCCCCUGCUGAGCUGGACAGUCCCUGUAAGGAAGAGGUGGCAGGGUUCCAUUUGAGUCUUUGUGGCCCUGAGGAGGAGCGGGGGGAGACUCCUGGGAGAGAGGACAGUCCCAGUGAGCUGGAUCCAGGAGAGACCAAGACUGGAGAGCAUAAAGCCUUUGGGAAGGAGGUGGUGCUCCUGAUGCAGGCGCUGAACUCUCUGGCCACUCCAGAGGAGAAGCUGGCUGCGCUGUGCAAGAAAUACGCAGACCUGCUGGAGGAGAGCCGCUGCAUGCAGAAACAGCUGAAGGCCCUGCAGAAAAAGCAGUCUCAGAUCGUCAAGGAGAAGGUCCACCUCCAAGGAGAGCACAGCAAAGCCAUCCUGGCCCGCAGCAAGCUGGAGAGCCUCUGCAGAGAGCUGCAGAGACACAACAAGACCCUGAAGGAGGAGAACGCCCAGCGGUCUAGGGAGUAUGAGGAGCAGAGGAAGGAGGCCAUGCUGCACUUCCAGGUGACUUUGGGGGACAUCGAGGUCCAGAUGGAGCAGCACAGCUCCCACACGGCCAAGCUGAGGCAGGAAAACAUGGACCUGGCCGACAAGCUCAAGAAGCUGAUCGAGCAGUACGAGCUCAGGGAGGAGCACAUAGACAAAGUCUUCAAACACAAGGAGCUGCAGCAGCAGCUGAUGGACGCCAAGCUGGUGAGGAUCACAGAGAUGAUGAGGGAGGUGGAGGACAAGCAGCAGCGCGAGAGGGACCUGCUGCUGAAGGACGCCACCGAGUCCAGACGGAAAUGUGAGGCUAUGAAAGAGCAGGAGGCUCAGCUCAAACAGCAGCUGUCCCUCUACAUGGACAAGUUUGAGGAGUUCCAGAGCACGCUGGCCAAGAGCAACGAGGUCUUCACCACCUUCAGGCAGGAGAUGGAGAAGAUGACCAAGAAGAUCAAGAAGCUGGAGAAGGAAACGACGCAGUGGAGGACCAAGUGGGAGAGCAACAACCAGGCCCUGCUGCAGAUGGCGGAGGAGAAAACUCUGCGUGAUGGCCACUUCAAGGCCCUGCAGGGGAAGCUGGAUCUGCUGCAGCGGCUCUGCAGAGCUCUGCAGAAGGAGAGGAACGACCUGAGCAACCAGCUCAGCCUCCUCCAGGAGCAGGGAGGCAAGGAGGAGGCACCACCCGGACCGGACCAGCAGGGGGAGCCCAUGGAGGAGGAAGAUUCUGAGGAGGAGGAGCUGCAGGCUGGGGGCCUUCAUCAGGGACCAGAGCAGAACGAUGCAGAUGGAGGCAACCAGCCUGCUGCUCUGUAGCUGAUGGAGCUUCUCCAGAACCGCCUUCUGGACCCGGUUCUGGGCCUGUCCUUCAUAUCUUUUGGUUUUUAUUAUGAUUCACUCAAUAAAAUGAUUACAUCCAGAACAUUCCCUAUGUGAGGGCCUCCUCCAUCAGCAGCCGGGUUCUGCCGGCCUCCUUCCUGAUCCCACCUUUGGGUUCUAGCAGCAGGUCCACCUCCUCCAUUAGAACUGGGUCAGGUUCUGGAGGUCCGUCAGUCUUCAUGGAGCUCAUCCUCUGCAGCAGCACCUCAGGCUGAAGAGAGGAAGAUGAAGAUGGAGGAUGGCCCAGCGAGUCCAUCAGAACCAUGCUGGAGUUUCCUCUGAGGUCCUCCACCCGCUGCAGCAGGAGCAGCAGAUCCACGAGGAUCCAUUCUCAGAACCAGGUUCAUUCCUUUCUCCUCCAUCUGACCCGUUCUGAGCUUCAGGACCAGGAUGGACCUCCAAACUUUUGCCCAGUAGGAAGGAAAUGAUCAAAGCAGCUGGUAGUUCAAACAGGUGUGUAGAUCGGACACCAUGAAGCCAGGUCAUCAGAGCAGCAGCUUAAAGCUCCAACAUGAGCUAAGCUAAUGCUAGCUUCACUGUGGUAACAGCAGAUGCUAAUCUUUAGUUAUCUUCCUUCCAUUAAAAAGUUUCCUUUAAUCUCCAACAUCUCUGAGGAGGCGAGACUUCCUGAAAGCAGCCAAUCACAGGCAGGUACAGUCCUCCCUCCAUGUAAGGACAGUUAGCUCUGAACCAGCAGCUCAGGCUGGGAGGAGAAGAUGUGGAACCAGAGGAGGAUCCUGGUGUUCCAUGUAUGGAGCAUCGGAUCCCAUCAGGGGAGCUGGUACCUUUAGAUGGUUCUGCUGCAGGGUUCCGGCCCGUAAUGACUCAGGUCCUGUCAGAAUCUACCUCUGUGGGUCGGGCUGGGCUUCCAUGUCCUCUACCGAAAAUGUUCUUCCAGUUUGUCUGACUUUUAAUAAACCUUUUGUAGGAUUUCCA